GCAUGCGCAGUGCUCUUCUCCCAAAACACGUGUUGCAGGCAGCAGUAGUUCAGUACGUAUGCCCCACGUUGUGCUUUAGCGGUAGUUUUGUAGUUUAGUGUUUUGUUUCUUUUUUUGUAUUUCAAGCUUUUGUUUAAAGCCUGCAGGUGUUUAUCCUCCGUGAAGCAUUCGCCGAGAGGACCUGAUCAAAUCUCUGAAAUCAUGACUGAAGCUGAAGUCAAUCCCAAGGCCUACCCUUUGGCUGAUGCCACUUUGAGCAAAACUAUACUGGACCUCGUGCAGCAGGCAUCCAACUACAAGCAGCUGCGCAAAGGCGCAAACGAGGCCACUAAAACGCUGAACCGUGGAAUUUCUGAGUUCAUCGUUAUGGCCGCUGAUGCUGAACCACUGGAGAUCAUUCUACAUCUUCCGUUACUGUGCGAGGACAAAAAUGUACCUUAUGUGUUUGUGAGGUCCAAGCAGGCCCUUGGACGAGCUUGUGGUGUGUCGAGACCGGUUAUUGCCACGUCCAUCACCAUUAAGGAAGGAUCACAGCUGAAACCUCAGAUCCAGUCUAUGCAGAUGGCGAUUGAGAGACUAUUGGUUUGAGCCUGUUGUGAUUGUUUUUUUUAGACUUCAGAGUCAAGUUAAAUUUGUGUUUCACUUCUGUAAUCUUUGUAUAGUCCUAAUGAUUAAGGAUACUUGUUUUGGUUUCAGUGUUACAGAAAUAUAAUAAUUUCUAAUCUUAAAAUAAAUGGCAGCAAUAUGUUAGAGAUCAGGGCAAAUUUGUUUCAUUUACAGUUCAUCACUAGUUGAUGUGUUGCUCUUAAAUGUGACAUUACAUUUACUCGUUUUAUUUUUUGUACGACCUUAUCCUGGGGACCUCAAUAUGCAAAAAUAAAUUUUAGAAAUGAGA